AUGACAGAUAACGUUGGUGUGAUGGCCCGUGGCAGAUCGCCGCCGCUUCACCCGUGGCAGAUCGCCGCCGCUUCACCCGUGGCAGAUCGCCGCCGCUUCACCCGUGGCAGAUCGCCGCCGCUUCACCCGUGGCUCUGUACAAACAGCGAGAAGCGGCGAGCGCGACCCCGACCCUGGAACACACCUCUCAUUACCACCGCAGACACCCACGCCAUCGAUGUGCAGGAGAGAACGGCAGGAGGACAGCGCCCCCUGGAGUCUGGAGGACGCCAGGAAGAGACAAAAAACAGUAAAGCUGCAUGUGGUGGACUCUAA